ACCCUCUGCGCUCUCCCUCCACCGAGUCUGGAUAUAGGGUUUCUUCUCUCACGGGUCAAGCCACCGGCUCUUCUUUUCUUUUUUUGUCUUCUCUUUUCUCCUCCUUGUUAGGUUGGAUUAGAUUCGAGCUCUAGAUCUAUAGAAAUGGCCGGCAAAGGCGAAGGUCCGGCUAUCGGGAUCGAUCUCGGGACUACCUACUCGUGCGUGGGUGUAUGGCAGCACGAUCGAGUGGAGAUCAUCGCCAACGACCAGGGGAAUCGGACCACGCCCUCCUAUGUGGCGUUCACCGACACCGAGCGUCUCAUCGGUGAUGCUGCCAAGAACCAGGUCGCCAUGAACCCCACCAACACCGUAUUCGAUGCCAAACGAUUGAUUGGACGGCGAUUCAGUGAUGCUUCUGUGCAAAAUGACAUCAGACUCUGGCCCUUCAAGGUCAUAUCUGGCCCUGGAGAUAAGCCCAUGAUCGGAGUCCAGUACAAGGGGGAAGAGAAGCAGUUUUCAGCUGAAGAGAUCUCUUCUAUGGUGUUGAUGAAGAUGCGUGAGAUAGCAGAGGCAUAUCUUGGCUCUUCUAUCAAGAAUGCUGUGGUCACCGUCCCUGCUUACUUCAAUGACUCACAGCGGCAGGCCACCAAGGAUGCCGGUGUCAUCGCUGGCCUCAAUGUCAUGCGUAUCAUCAAUGAGCCCACAGCUGCUGCCAUUGCCUAUGGUCUUGAUAAAAAGGCUGCCAGCGUUGGUGAGAAGAAUGUUCUCAUAUUUGACCUUGGAGGUGGUACCUUUGAUGUCUCCCUCCUUACCAUUGAGGAGGGGAUCUUCGAGGUGAAAGCCACCGCAGGAGAUACCCAUCUUGGAGGUGAGGACUUUGACAACCGAAUGGUGAACCAUUUUGUUCAGGAGUUCAAGAGAAAGCACAAGAAGGAUAUCAGUGGCAACCCUCGGGCUCUUAGGAGGUUGAGGACAGCCUGUGAGAGAGCGAAGAGGACCCUGUCAUCCACUGCCCAAACCACAAUUGAGAUUGAUUCCCUGUUCGAGGGUAUUGAUUUCUACACGACCAUCACCCGAGCCAGGUUUGAGGAGCUAAACAUGGAUCUUUUCAGGAAAUGCAUGGAGCCUGUAGAGAAGUGCCUCAGAGAUGCUAAGAUGGACAAACGCUCUGUCGAUGAAGUAGUCCUUGUUGGUGGAUCAACCAGAAUUCCCAGGGUUCAGCAAUUGCUGCAGGACUUCUUCAACGGGAAGGAGCUCUGCAAGAACAUCAACCCAGAUGAGGCUGUUGCCUAUGGUGCUGCCGUCCAAGCUGCCAUCUUGAGUGGCGAGGGCAACGAGAAAGUACAGGACCUUCUUUUGUUGGAUGUUACACCGCUCUCCAAUGGUUUGGAGACUGCUGGAGGAGUCAUGACCGUGUUGAUUCCAAGGAACACCACCAUUCCCACCAAGAAGGAGCAGGUCUUCUCCACCUACUCUGACAAUCAACCUGGCGUCUUGAUACAAGUCUACGAAGGAGAAAGGACUAGGACUAAAGACAACAACUUGCUGGGCAAGUUUGAGCUGUCUGGCAUCCCCCCUGCUCCAAGGGGUGUACCUCAGAUCAACGUGUGCUUCGACAUCGAUGCCAAUGGCAUCUUGAAUGUCUCAGCGGAGGAUAAGACCACUGGUCAAAAGAACAAGAUCACCAUCACCAAUGACAAGGGAAGGCUGAGCAAGGAGGACAUUGAGAAGAUGGUGCAAGAGGCUGAAAAGUACAAGAGUGAGGAUGAAGAGCACAAGAAGAAGGUUGAGGCCAAGAAUGCUUUGGAGAACUAUGCGUACAACAUGAGGAACACCAUCAGGGAUGAUAAGAUUGCAUCCAAGCUUCCUGCUGCCGAUAAGAAGAAGAUUGAGGAUGCCGUUGAGGAAGCAAUUCAGUGGCUUGAUGGGAACCAGUUGGCUGAAGCUGAUGAAUUUGAAGACAAGAUGAAGGAGCUGGAGGGCAUCUGCAACCCUAUUAUUGCCAAGAUGUACCAGGGUGCUGGUGCUGAUGUGGCUGGUGGCAUGGAUGAAGAUGGUCCAUCAGCUGGUGGUAGUGGUGCUGGUCCCACAAUUGAGGAGGUUGAUUAAGGAGAUUUAAUUCUUAUGGACUUAUGAUUUUUCAAGGGCUAUUUGGGUUAAGUAUUGACGGGGUAUCUUGUUUGAUUAGUUUCACAGUUUGGCCCAAUUAUAUUAGAGGCCAUGUCUUUUUCACCUUUCUUUGCCAUAGGGGUUGAAUGCUGUCUCAGUUAUUUUUGAAAUCCAAUAUAUAGCAGUUCUUCAUAUUUUUAAAUUAA